AUGGUCAACUCUCCAGAACUGACGGGAAUUUUCGCAGCCAUCAUUACGCCUUUCGCAGAUGGCGGAGGCGUUGAUGUUACUGCCCUUGACCAGCACGUUAACCGCCUGAUUGACGCCGGGAUCCAUGGCCUGGUCCCUGGCGGUAGUACUGGAGAGUUCACUGCGCUUACGGUGGAGGAGCGUAGAGUUCUUACCGAAACUUGCAUCAACUCAGCCGCUGGCCGUGUUUCUGUCGUCGCUGGCACCAGCGACUUAACGAGCAAGGGCGCUGUCGAGUUGGCUAUCCACGCCGCGCAGGCUGGUACGGCUGCUGUCAUGGUUAUCCCGCCCUAUUACAAAGCUCCCAACCUCGAGGAGACACGCGAGCUUCUCCGAGACAUCCACACCGCAAGCGGACUACCUAGUGUCUACUACAAUAUUCCGAGCAUUAGCGGUUUGACUUUGUCAGCCAAGGAUAUUGCAUCACUUUUGGAUGUCGGUAUUAAAUACCUGAAAGACACCUCGGGCAAUGCUCCAGUAUUGACUGACUUGCUCUUUACCUACGACCAACAGAUUACGACUCUCAACGGCUGGGAUACGCUGACUUUCCAUGGUCUGGCUGCAGGCGCAAAGGGCUCAAUCUGGGGUGCCGUUAAUAUCAUCCCUGAGCUUUCUGUCGAACUUUGGAAAGCACUGGCCGUCGAAGGCGAUUUAAGGAAGGGUCGGGAGGUCCGGGAGAUUUUCCCAAUUUGUAAGUGGCUUGAAACCCACCACUACUAUGCUUCUGCAAUCAAAUCAGGCAUGGAGCUUCGAGGAUGGAAGACAGGAGGGCUCAGAAAGCCAUUUGCUCCCCUCAAGGAGGGUCUCCAGGCCGAAUUGGCUGCUUUGCUCGAGACCGCAGGAGUCAAGCUGUGA